AUGACACAGCAGCCUGAGCCAAGCACCAGCGCCGCGGCGACAGCUCCUGGCAGCAUCGAGGUUCGCCAUCUGAGCUUUGCUUACCCAGGACUAGAUGGUCGCCCCAUCCCGGGAAUCCCGCCACUUUUGAAGAACCUUUCCUUCUCGCUCGCUCCCGGCACCACUUGCUUGUUGCUGGGAGCCAACGGCGCCGGCAAAACAACUUUUUUGAAAAUCUUGGCGGGAAAACACAUGGUGUCUGAGGAGUCAGUCCGGGUACUGGGGCGGCCGCCCUUCCACGAUACCGCUCUCACCGUCUGCGGUGACCUGUCGUAUAUUGGCGGCAACUGGCAGCGCGACAUUGCGUUUGCAGGCACUAGUGUGCCGCUCACAGGCGACUUCCCAGCGUCGUACAUGAUUGACUCCAUCCCGGGCGUGGAUCCAGAGCGGAAGGCCCGUCUGAUCAAGGCGCGUCGGGAUGUGCUGGACAUCGACCCCACCUGGCGGAUGCACACGGUUUCGGAGGGCCAGCGGCGUCGCGUGCAAAUCUGCGUGGGAUUGCUGAAGCCCUUUAAGGUGCUUCUGCUGGACGAGAUUACGGUGGAUUUAGACGUGCUGGGACGAGCUGACCUGAUGCGCUUUCUUAAGGAGGAAUGUGAGAGUCGCGGCGCCACCAUCAUCUACGCCACCCACAUUUUUGAUGGGCUGGAGUUCUGGCCCUCCCACAUAGCCUACCUCGCAAACGGUCAGCUCAGGCUCCUCCCUGCACGUGACGUACCAGAGCUGGCUCAGGGCCGGCUGCUGUCGCUCGUGCACCGGAUGCUGCUGGAGGACCGGAACGCGCAGCUCAAGGCACGGGGUCCGCGGCCGGUGGAAUGGGAUCCCACGCGCGAGGGCGAGGUGGGCAAUUUCUCCUACGCCUUCAACAACGGCUGGGUGCCGGGCACGUUGUCUUCCUCUCUGAGCAGUAAUGCAGUCAUGCGGGGGUGACUUGGGUAGAGAAGUUAAUCAAAACCAUCAUUCGACGAUGAUGUUGAGAACGGAUAUUUUUUUCACAGGUUCGCUGACGGGCUGUGUGCCUGCCGGGGUUCAGAAGGCAGGCAGGAAGGGGAGGGGGAGGGGGGGAGAGCCAGCGGAGGCGGCUUGGGGGGAAAGCCAGAUGGUUACGCCGCGGGCUUGGGGAUGAGUUGAACAGAUUUGUUGGCAUGCCGAUGCUGUGUGUGGAUUAGAAUGUGAGUGCCGUGUGUGCAUGUCGAUACGUAAGCCUUUCAUGAAUAGUUGAGUGGUUCACAUUAAUGGCCUUAGUAACCCUGCUUGGUAUUUUGACAAAUGCUACCCAUUUUUUGACGAGUGAAGACAACACCCCGUGUAGCAUCUGACAAU